CAGCAGUAAAAGAAAGGUUGCCAUUGAACGAACUAACAAUAUUGGGAAAUAAAAAUAUUAAAAAUAUGUUUAGUUAUAUUAAUGAGUUGUGGAUAGGUGGUAGAUCUCUGGAAACCCCAUUCAUUAGCGUGAUUACCAAUAUUUGUCAUAAUGUGGAAACUAUGAUAGUAUCAUUUGAACCCUUUGACUUAUUCUUGCCUCGAGAUGUACCACCUGAAAAUAUCUCGAAAUUAAUCUCUUCACAAAAAAAUCUCAAAUUAUUUACUUUGAUCUCAUAUAAAGGUACAUCUUAUUCUUUUCUUAACUCUCUUGAAACUCAGUCUCAUUCGUUAGAAAGAGUACACAUCCGUUCCACUUUCUUUAAAUCUGGUGGUCCAAAUUUGAGUGGUAUUGCUGAAUGUAAAUUACUCAAAGCAAUAGUUAUCGAUGAAUGUGAGAAUGUUACUUUGGAGUUAGUCAAGCCAUUGAUGAAUGCUGGGCUUUAUAUGUUGACUUACGUUUAUUUUUACUGUCCAUAUGGUCCUAUAUUCAAUGAUGAGUUUACCCAAUGGGCUAAUUCUUAUGAUAAUGGAGGAAAGAAAAUGUAUUAUCGUUACAAAGGUGAAAAGACCAAUUCUAAAUUUAAUAAUUGA